AACUUAUCAUGCUCACUGUUAGGUUUCACUUUCUUUUCCGGAGAAGAGAGAGUCGCUUCUCCGUCUUUGUCUGUCGCCUGUCCGCCGUUGGUCACCGCGUCUGCUUGCACUCGCGUCAUGGAGGCACAGAACAAAAAGAAUCAGAGCUUUUCAUUUGAAGGGCUCUCUGCAGCCAGGUUUCACCCUGGCCCCCGUGCUUCAGCUGCAUUAACUACCAGUAAAGAAGCAGGGACCAAUGAUUCUUCCAGCACUGUGACAGAUGUCAGUUCAACAGAGAGAAGGGAGAACAACAUUUUGUUUACAUUCCCAGCAGCUCGAACAAAACUGGAAUCUCCAUGGCGAGACAUCGAGUGGACAGAAGAAAAAAAGCUGAGCUUGAAGGUGACCAUCAGCUCCUACAAACCCAGCAGUGAGGAUGUGUCUCAUGCUAAGGUUCUCCUCCUGGGUCCGGUUGGUUCUGGAAAGUCCAGCUUCAUCAGCUCAGUCCAGUCGGUGUUUAAAGGAAGAGUCACCAACCGGGCCAUGGUGGGCUCCUCCUCCACCAGCUUCACCAAGAAGCUGCAGUCCUUCAACAUCCAUGCUGAGGAUGUAGAGGAUCCCACUGGGCUGGUCUUGUGUGAUAUGGUGGGCCUGGGAGGUGGAGAUAUGACCGGACUGACCCUCCAUGACAUCCUGUCCGUCAUUAAAGGUCAUGUACCUGAAGGGCACAAGUUCAGCCCAGAUCAGCCAGUGAGGUCGGAGACGGUGGGCUACGUGAAGAGGCCAAGCCUCAAAGACAAGGUCCAUUGUGUGGCCUUUGUGGUGGACGCCUCGAAAGUCCUGACCUACCCUAAAGGCCUCAGUGACACCUUCCAGAAGCUCCGGGAGCACAUCAGUGAACUGGGGGUUCACCAGGUGGCUCUGCUGACCCACAUUGACAAAAUUUGUGUUGAAACGGACAAAGACGUCGCAGAGGUUUACAAGAGCAACACCAUUCGGGACAUGAUGGUUAAAGCCGGAGCUCUGUUGGGAAUGUCCACCUCCUACAUCGUCCCGGUGAAGAACUACUCUUCAGAGCUGGACCUGGAUGUGAACACUGAUGUGCUCCUGCUUAGUGCUGUCGACCACAUCCUUCAAUAUGCUAACCUGUAUUUCCAGGACAACACGGCCCAACACACAGGGCAGAAAAUGGAAUAAAACAUUCCUUUCUUUUAAGAAUAUAGAAAAAGGUUCGCAAAUUCACAUUCAUCUAAUCUUUUGUGGUUUAAUGCUUAAUGUUAGGAGGCUGCUCAGGAAUAAAGUUUGUGUCCAAGAUUUAACCAUUCGUAAAUGUUAAAGCUACAGAACAAUCCCAUAAAAUGGUACAGGCACUGGCUUUGAACCUUUCCUCUUGUUAUGUCUUUUACAACAUUAUAAUGAGAAAAUUGUGAUAAUUCUGAAGAAAUCCGAACUUGUGAUGUCUUUGUAAGCAUCAACUUUUCUCUUUGUAUCAAGGUCAAUAAACCUUAUUCAACAACCAGCCAUA